GUCAGUGAUCCUGCUCGUGAAGGACCAGAAGAAGAUCCCCAUCAAGCGCUCCGACAUUCUGAAGAAGAUCAUUGGCGAGUACAAGGACGUCUACUCGGAGAUCGUCAACCGGGCAGGGAGGACCCUGCAGCAGGUAUUUGGGCUGCAGCUGGUGGAGAUUGACACCAAGCACCACACCUACAUCCUCGUGAGCACCUUGCCACGCGCCGAGGGGGACAAGCUGCGCCAGGAUGACCAGACAGCCAAGCUGGGCCUCCUCACCGUCAUCCUCAGCUUCAUCUUCAUGAAAGGAAACUCUGCCAAGGAUGGGGCCGUGUGGGAAUUCCUGCGCCGGCUCCGCGUGCAUCCCGGGUAGGAGCAGGGAGAGGGGC